UUUCGUAGAUUUGAUUAUUUGAGAAUGAAAAGGAAGUAUUAUUUCGGUUAAACAUCUUUUAAUAGCUAAUAUGGUAUUGUCAGUACUAUCAAUUGUUGUAUAUAUGUAUAUAUAAAAUUUAUAUAUAUACAUACAUAUGUAACUUAACGAAUUUUCUUGUCAGGAGUAUGUAAUAUAAUAUAAGUAAAUAUCAAGAAUUGGAAUAAAAAUGUCAAGAUAUUUGGAAAGAGUACAAGAAAUAUUAAGAAAUGCAGAUAGUAAGAAAGUUGCAAGUAAAAAGAUGUGUGUUCAGGAAUUAUUAGAAUUAUAUGAAAAUGAAAAUGCAAUACUAGAAAUUUGUAAAAAUACAAAGGAAAGAACAGAGGAACAAAGAACAAAGGAAAGUAUUGUAGAUUGGUCAUAUAUAAUACAUAGUGUCCAUAGGAUAGUAUUAAAUGAAGCAGAUAGACUUGCUAAUAAAGAUUCUUUUAAUAAAGCAGCAAUAACUGAACGAAAUUAUACAUGCAUACUUGUGAAAGAUACAUUUCGACAUGCAAAUUGUCAUAAAGUACCACUUUUAAAAUGUGAAGAUAUAAUGCCUUUAAUUUUACAAAUUUUAGGGACACAUAUAUACGAAUAUUAUCAUGAUACUUAUAUAAAUGUGCUAAAUUCUUAUAUACUACCAUUUAGAAUAUAUCAGGUGAACAUGACACAUGAACAGUGGAAGGAAUUGUUAAAAAUGUGUUUAAAUUUAUAUAAAUAUAUGUCUUCUCCUACAAGUAAAAGAGUUGUUUUAGAUACAUUGCAAAUGAUCAUUGAGCAUGGUUGUUUGCAUACAAAUUUAUUUUUAAAUGUAAAAGAAAUACUAUUAUUUUUAGAAAGUAUUUUCCUUAAUGUAGAAAAAAAUGAAGAAAUUUUAGCUGAAUCUAGUUACAAAGUUACAUAUACAAUAUGUCAACAAAUUGCUGUAGAAUAUAGAAUUACACUGUGUCAUUUUAGUGAAAAUAUUUUACCGAAUAUAAUCAGAUUAGACAGUUCUAUCGAAAAAUAUAAACUUUUACUAUUUUUUGUAAAAAUUCAUCAUCCUAAAGGAGUGUGUAAAACUUGUGAUGGUGCUUAUGCUUAUGAUUGGGGAAAAUGGUACAAUUCUCUUAAAAGUAUGUAUCUAAUGAUUUUGAAAGAUUUUAAAGCUGAUAUACUUUCAAAGAGCUUCCUUUGGUUUGCAAUUGAAGUUUUUAAACAAGUAAUGGAAAAUCCAGAUUUGAUCACUGAGAAAACAUCAUUCAAUAAUUAUGAUUAUAUACAACCAGCAAAACGCAGACGAAUUGCUGUCAAAAUAAAUGGACCGGUUGAUAUGCUUAUUGAUAAUAAUCCAGAAGAAGCUUGGCCCAUGAUACAGGUCUUAACAACAUUGUUUAAGCAAUAUCCUGAAUGUUUAAAAUCAGAAGAUUUUCCAACAUUUUUAAAAGUUUUAGUGGAUCUUUUCACAUUAUCUCUUAAAAAAGAAAAGAUCAUAAAUAAUUUAUUUGAACUAGCUGCUGUUUUGUUAAUGAAUGAAAAAUUAUGUUCUAUAAUGGAUAUAGAAAAUUCAAAUAUUUAUUGGGACCAAAUAUGGGAUAUUUUAUUAAGAUCAUUAAACAUAAAUCAGAAUGAAAUAUCAACUCAUAAACUUACACAGCUUUUUAUAAUACAUAAUAAAAUAACAAAUCCAAAUGCACUUUUAAAGCUAUAUUUGACAAAUGUUAUUAAGUGGUCUAUUAUGAGUCUUCGUACAUUAAUAGUAAUCUGUGAAUAUUUGCCUUUGCCUACUAAUAUAAAAGUAUUUAAUAUAAAUGUAUAUUCACCAGCAAUGGAUACAAAUUCUGUUAGGUCAUGUCUUAUAAAAUGGAUAUUAAAUAUUCCUUGGCACGAAAUGGCAACACAGAUAAGAAUUGAUGAACUGUGUUUAUUACUUAUUGCCAUAACAUUAAAGUCAAAACAUCAGAAACAAAUAAAAUUCAAUGAAUAUGAUAUUAAUGACAUAUGUGAUUGUUUAAAAAUUGAACAAAAUACUAAAUCAUUUUAUGAAGACAUUGAACAUUAUUAUUUGUUAUUAAAGUAUAAAAAAAAUAUAUUCACUAAAGAAAAGAUGAAAAAUGCAGAACAAAAGCCAGAAGUAAAUAGAUAUGUACUGUUUAUGGAAGAUAUUGUAACUUAUUUAAUAAACAGUUUACAUGUUAUUAUUGAAGAUGGAAAUAAUGCUCUUCAUAUAAUUAUAAUAAAGAUUGCGGUUGUUGCAAAAGUUUUAUCAAUGAUGAGAGAAUUGAAUAUGGUAUCUAAAAAUAUCGAAGAUUUAUCUUUGAUACAAGCAUUGAAAAAUUAUAUAGAUAUUGCUUAUAGUUCAUUGGAAAAAAUAACUAAUCCAUCAAGAAACAAAUAUAAUUAUCUAUUUAACGUAACAAAAGCACUUAAUACAUUGUAUGGAACAUCAUAUGAUACUGAUAUAGCAAAAAUAAUUGUUACAUCUGCAACAUUGAAUAUGCUAAAAAACAUAUUUAGUUUAAUGAAUAUUGAGGACAAUGAAAUUUCCGAUUAUAAAACUAAUCGUGAUUAUUAUGAUGGCUAUGAAUCUAGACUAAAUAGUCAUAAAUAUUUGGGUAGAGAAGUCAUACAAACAAAGCCGUGUAACUUUUGUGACAAAGGUACAAUAAGAAUACAAACAACAAAAGCUUUAGCAUUAUUCUGUUGUAUGAACUUAAAACAAGGAAAAUGUGAAAUUCAAAUAAAACUUAUGGAUAACUUGCUUAAAAUUGAUAUGUACGAUCUUUCACAUACAGUUGAUUUUAUGAUGGCUAUAACAGUUUUAAAAUCUCUAUCAAAAUAUGAUAAAGAAGAGUUAUGGAGAAAUCACAAUGAACUACCAUUGAAAAAUUUGUUGCAAUUAUAUCACGAAUGCUAUAAAGAUGAAACAAUUACACGUUAUAUAUUAAAUGUUUUACCAUAUUUCUUUAAUUAUGCCUUAGUUUACAAUUACAAGUUAGAUAAUUUAAUGAAUAUUAUUGCUCAAUUUAAUAAGCUGCGAUCUGAAAAAAGAUAUGGUGUCCUUGCUCAUAAAGAAUUUAUUAAAUGUCUCUCAGAAAUUAUUUAUAUUAGUCCUUCCCAUUUUUGUUAUAUUACAUGUCAUACAUUGAACCAAAUGCCAAUAUUUGAAGGAAUUUUAUCAUCCCUUAUUAGUCAUUCAUUUCUUGCACAAGUGCAAAUAAUUAAGUGUAUACAAAAGAUAUAUUCUUUAAGGAAUAUUAAUUUCGAAUGGAAAGAAACAUUAUUUACAAAAAUAGAAAAGUCAAUAAAUAAAUUAGCCAUUAACAAUGAAACAAAUGACAAAAUAAAAACAGACGAGAAGGAAAUUACAACAGCAAGUAUUUCACUAAUGCUUGCUGCUAUAAUAUCUACCAAUGGAACAUUUCAGUGUCGUGCAUUAUUAACAAUGUUACGGUUUAGCAUUGACAAAAAGAUAGAAAGUCAAAUAAUUCCAAAAUCAAUAAGUAUUAUGGCAAAUCAAAUCAAUUAUUCAAACAUCAUAGAAGAAAAUUUAAGUUAUUUAAUGACAUACUGGUUUAAUUCAAAAUAUUCAUCACAAUUAUUUCCUUGGAGUUUAACACAAUGUAAAUCAGAAGAACAAUUUUAUAAAAUAUAUAGUAAUACAAUAGCAUUUAUUAAAUUUCAAAAUCUAGAACUUUCUAGUGUCAUUUCCUUUUGCAAUUAUAUUAACUUAUCAUUUAAACAACUCAUUGAAAAUAUUUUUCCACAAAUUGUAUCAUGGCUAUUAUAUUGCAUUAAUGAAAAUAAUGGAAAUAGAUCAAAAACAUUAGUAGGAAAAAUAUUUUAUAAAUUAAAAUCAAAUCAAGAUGAAUUUGCUGAAAUAAGGAAGUUCUCUAACUUGUUUAAAGAAAAAUUUGAAGAAAUAUUAAUAUUUCUUAUUGAAAGAUUACACGAUGAAGAUUACCUUGAAGAAAUAUUAGGAGAAAGAAUAUCGUUUGCAAUAUCAGAUCCUCCUCAUUUUAAAAACAAAACAAUGCUUAUUUGUUUAAAGUACAUAGAAGAAAACUUUAUUAUACCAAAAAUGUCUAUACAAUACUUUUUAGUUUAUAAUUGCCCAAGAGUAUUACAAAAAAUAUUAUCACAUUUAAUUAAUAAUAUCUAUAAAAAGAAAUUUGAGGAACAUAAAAUAAAAGCUUUUCAUCAGUACAUAUUUUUUUGUUCAUUGAUUAUUAAAGAAUUGAAAGAAGAAUAUUUCAAUAUGUUGUCUAUGUAUAUCAUAAAAGAUAUUGGUUACAGUUUACUUCACAUAAUUAAAUUAUUUGACGAUACUCUUUGUAAACUAGGAUGUAAAUAUUUUUACAAAUUUAUAAAACAUGUUUUGUGUGUAAGAGUUGAAGGAAUCAAAGAAAUUUUGAAUUUCACUGUCAUAACUUUAAUUCCUAUAGCACAAGCAGGGAAGAUACCUAUAGCUCUAGAAAUACUUCAGUUUUUAAUAAUUGAUCAAAAGGAAAUAUUAUCUGAUGCAAUAGAGAAAUUAAAUUCAUUUCCAAAUGUUCCUAUAUUUUUGAAAAUACGAAAGAUACAUAAUGAUUUGAAAUAUAAAGCAAAGGAAAUUUAUAGUUUGGAACAAGAAGUAAAACAUUUUUUGUGUACAGUGACUGAUAAAGAUAUACAUUACAGCAUAGAAGAUAUUGCUCAUUUACGAAUACAAUUAUCUACAAGAAAAGAAGAAUUACGAGAACUGUUUGAUAAACUUGAAACAUUUCAUGGUUUUUUUGAAGAUUGUACUUCAAGCAUAUUGCAUCGAUUGAUAUACAAACUCAUAAAAUUAACAGCAUCAUCUGAUAUAAAUGUUUCAAUUGAAGCUGUAAAAUGUUUAGGCGAAUUAGGACCAACUGACUUGACAUCAAUGAUAUAUUUUGAGAAAAGUCAUGUUAAAGAAUCUUCUGAUUUAAUAGAAAUAUUAUCAUAUAAAAUAAUGAUAACAAUGGUACAAUUUUUAUUUCAAAGUGAUAUUGAGUUUCGAAAAAUUAGUGCUAAUAUAUUGGAUGUUGUACUUUCAUCUUCUUGGGGGCAAAAGUUGUUAGAUAUUGAAUACAUGAACAAUCUAAAAACUGUUUUGGAUGAAUCACAGGCAGUAUUACCUUUAAAUUAUAUUCAGCCAUUUAUAAAGAACAGAAACUCAAAAAUGAGCAACAUUGCUAUAAACUACACAAAAAUUAAUGAUAUUAUAAAAUCAGAUAAUACCUUUUGGACAACUCAAUCCGAUGGUUCAUAUGCUAGUUGGAUUAUAGUAUUAACAUGUAAUGUUUUAGAGUGUUUUACAGGAUUUUAUUCUGAAAAUUUAAUCCCCAUUUGUAAAUUAAGUACUGAUUUUUGUGAAAUAAUUUUACCAAGAAUUAUUUUUUUGAUAAUUCAUAUAGAUAAGCGGUUUAUGAGUACCAUAUCUUUGUGUAUCAAUACAUUUUUUGAAUAUCAUUUUGAUUUUACAAUAAAAACAAGCAUUCCUUCACAUAAAUUUACAAAUUGUGAUCAUUGUAUUGUACGUUGUAUGUUGAAUAUUGUGAACUAUAUUAGAAUGCAAGUUCCAAACAGUGAUUUAGAAUUUAAUUAUAUAUGUAUUGCAAAAGCUGCCAAAUAUUGUUCAGCAUUUUUUACUGCAAUAUUAUAUGCAGAAAUGUCUUGUGAAACUAUUUUAAAUGAUUAUAAUAACUUUACUAAUAUCUCAAAAAUUGAUUAUGUCUAUGAAAAAUCAGCUGAACAAGGGAAAGUGAUACAAAAUAUACUUAGAGAUUCUUACGCUAAGAUAGGUGAUUUUGAUGCAAUUAAUGGCACUGGUUCUUCACAUUUACAUGAUCAUUCUACUCGUAUUCAACAUUAUAUACAUACCAAUAAAUGGGAUAAAGUAAUGCCCGCACAAGACGUUGAACUUUCUUCUGGGAAUAUGUCAGUAAUUAAAGAAAUGGCAAAUGGAUUAUAUCAGUCUGGUCUUCAUUAUUUACUUAGUAAUUUUAUAUCUACCAUGUCAAAUAAUGGUGUAAAAAUAGAUAAAGACAUUCAGUAUGAAUGUGCUUGGCGACUUAGCAAUUGGAAUAUUUGUGAGACAAAUCAAGCUUUAUAUUCACAAAAUAACUGUAAUUUAAAAUUAGAAAUAACUGAACAUGAUUAUCACUUUUAUCAUUAUGAAGCAUUAAAAUAUUUUCAUGAAGGUAAUGAGACAGCUAUACAGAAUGCAAUUCAAAAUGCUCGCAUAAAUAUUAUCAAAGCACUUAAGAACAUUAAUCUAGAAAGUAGUAAAAUUAUAUAUGAAAAGUUAAUGCAAUUGCAAUUAAUUAAUGAAAUUGAAGAGUUAAGCUUUGCUAAACAAGGCGAAUAUGAAAAAAUCUUACAUAAAUGGCAACAGCAGGAUAUUGCAAAUUUUAAUGAAUUUCAAUAUAUUGAACCCAUUUUAACUCAAAGAACUGUUAUGUUUCAAAUAAAUGAUACUUUAAUCAAUAACGCAAAUAUUAAAAGUGCACUCUUCAAUACAUAUUUGCAAAUAUCAAAAAUAGCAGCAGAUAAAGACAAUUUGCAUAUUGCUACACGUUCAUUAGAUAUCUUAAUAAAACAAAAGGAUAUACCAUCAAAAAUUCAAGAUCAAUUACUUUAUCAAGAAUCCUUAUUAGCACUAGUUAGGAAAGAUUUAGAUGUUGGACGAUUUCUUUUACGUAACUUAAUGCAAAAAGAAACUUUAGAUGCAAAAUUACGAGCACAAAUAUUAAGAGUUUAUGGAGAUUGGAUGGCUGAAACAAAAUCAGAAAAUCCCCAGACUGUGAUAGAAAAAUAUUAUUUAAAAUCUAUAGAUAUAAACACAUCAAUUAGUACACAAAAUACUGAUACAAUUAAAGAUUUACAUGAUACACAAGUAGCUUUAGCUCGUUUUGCUGAUAAUCAGUAUCAGCAAAUUAGUUCAUAUAUGAAAUCUCCUCAGUUUGAAAAUCUAAAAGAAUGUAUUACAUAUUCCUAUAAAGGAAUUAAUAAACAUUCAAUUAGUGAAGAUAAAGAUAUUAGAAGUGUAAUGAUUUUAAACCAAAGACAAAAUACGAAUGAUGUUGCAGAAUUGGAACAUAUACAAAAAGAAAAAGAUAAUUAUUUGAUUUUAGCGUUAAAGUAUUAUUUAAUAGCACUACAGCACAGCGAAAAUUAUAAUUUGUUAAUAUUUAGAAUAAUUGCGCUUUGGUUAGACAAUAUACAUCAAAAGGAAGUUAAUGAUUUAUUGCAAGAAAAUCUUAACAGAUUACCAUCUUUCAAAUUUAUUCCACUUGUACCACAAUUAGCUGCGCAUAUGAAUGAUGAAUUUAAUGAGUUUUCUGAAAAAAUAUAUAACAUUAUGCAACGUUGUGCUUUAGAACAUCCACAUCAUACAUUACCAGUUCUGUUAGCAUUAAAAAAUUUAUAUGGUGAUUAUGAUUAUAAUACAGCUAGAAAAAGUAGAACACUAGAACCAAGAGUUCUUGGAACACAAAAAUUGUUACAAGAAAUAAAAGAAUCAGAUAUAAAUUUAAUUAUACAAGAAAUGGAAAAGUUAUCACAUGCUUUAGUUAUGUUGGCUAAUCUUUCAACUACCUCAAAUAAAUUUCUAAUUCUAGAAUACUUCAUCACAGAAUUUCCAUUUCUAGCGGGUUAUGAAAUUAAAAUACCAAGAAAUCAAAAAAUUUUAAAGAUUAAAAAUUUUGAAAACAUAUUUGUGCUAACGUUAACAAUUGAUGUACGACCAUCCAGAAAUUAUAACAAUGUGAUUGGCAUUGCUAAAUAUACAGAAUCAUAUGAAACUGUUGGAGGUAUAAAUACUCCAAAAAAAUUAACUUGUAUUGGUACAGAUGGCAUAUAUAGACAUGAAUUAAUAAAGGGAAGAGAUGAUUUACGACAAGAUGCUGUAAUGCAACAAGUGUUUAAUGUAAUGAAUAUAUUGUUAAAAUCUCAUAAAGAUACUAAACGUAGAAAAUUAACAAUUAGAACUUACAAGGUUGUGCCAUUAACACAAAGAUCAGGAAUACUUGAAUGGUGUGAUAAAACAAUACCUAUCGUAACUAUAUUGGUAGGUUCAGGUACUAUUCAAGGACUUCACGAGAAAUACUAUCCAAAGGAUUAUAAAGCAAAUUAUUGUAGAGACAAACUAGCAGCAGUGGGAAAAUCAUCGACUAAUGUAAAGUUGAAAGUAUUUAUGGAUUGUUGUGCACAUAUGCAUCCAGUGAUGCAUCACUUUUUUAUUGAAAGAUAUCCAUCACCUGAAACGUGGUUUGAACGCAGAUUAGCAUAUACACGCAGUAUAGCAACAACAUCAAUGGCAGGAUAUAUUUUAGGAUUAGGAGAUAGACAUUUAAGUAAUAUCUUAAUUGAUCAAAUAACUGCUGAAGUAAUUCAUAUUGAUUUUGGCAUAGCAUUUGAACAAGGAAAGGUAUUACCAGUUCCUGAAACCAUUCCAUUUCGACUUACACGAAAUAUUGAAGACGGUAUGGGCGUAUCUGGAGUAGAGGGAACAAUGAGACAUUGCUGUGAGAAAACAUUAACCGUAUUACGUGAUCAAAGACAAAUAAUUAUAACAUUACUUCAAGUUCUUUUAUAUGAUCCAUUAUUUAAAUGGACUAUAACGCCCGCUGAAGCACGUAACAUUCAAAGCGGAACUUCAUCAAAAUUAGUCGAAAAUAAUCAGUGUUCUAGAGCAACUAAUAAGACAGCAGAAAGAGCUCUUUUGAGAAUAGAGCAAAAACUACAAGGCACUGAAGAAGGAUUAGCAUCUAGUGUAUCUGGUCAAGUUGAAAGACUUAUACAAGAAGCCCAUGAUCCUAUGAAUCUUUGUCGUUUAUAUUGUGGAUGGCAACCAUACCUAUAAUAUUCCUAUAUUUCAUAAUCUUAAAAAAAAACGAAAGAUUUUAUCCAAAUGUGAUAUAAGUUUAGAAAUCACUUAUUUCACAACACUACUUUAAAAGUAUGAUAUUUGUAUUUUAAAUUUAUUUAUUUUAAAUUUUAUACGAAUUAUAAAUAUAAAUAUGUACAGGUUAAAUAUACAAACGUGGUGUUUCUACAUACAAAAAUAAAUCGAAGAAAAACGUUUUUUCAUUUAAAGUUUCACUUAUGAAAAAAAAAGAGUUUUUAAACCAUUAAGUACCUAAUUAAUAAAAUGAUUCUUAAAAAGUACUAAUCUUAUUCUUAUUUAUAAAAUCAUUCAAAAUGGAAAUUAAAUACAAAAUAAAGGAAAGUAAUAUCGAUAUCGCGGAAAUAAAAUAACAAUAAUAACAGGAAGCAAAUCGUGGCAUUGUCCAUAUUUAAUAAUAUAGAAAAUUAUUCAUAAUUUAAAACAUCCAGUUAAUACACGGAUAUCUGAUGGGUUUUCAAACUCAUUUUUCUCGAGAACGAAGUCUUAAACGAAAAAGUGUUCUUUUUUCUUUUUCGUCUUAUCUUUGCAUGUAGAAUCACCAUCCGACUGCAUGUACCAUAAUUUCAGAAAUGCUCUGUAUAAAUAACACCACUUUAAAAAAAUAAAAAAUGUAUACAAAAGUA